UCCUGGUCCCGCGCACAGGCCCCGCCCCCCGGUUCCCCGCGGAGCGGUGCCCGGCAGGGGAAACUGAGGCCGGCGCCCGCAGCCGGUCCCUCCGCUGCCGCCAGUCCCUCCCGCCGGCCCGGAGCGCGUUCGGCCUCUCAUCCGGCUGCUUCGCCCCGCUCGCGCUGCCGGAUGUCCCGGGCAGGCCGUGGCCCCGGCCUCGGGGACAGGGCCGGGCUCUGCCGCCGCCCCCCGGCCCGUCCGGCAGGGAAGGGGUGCGGGUGGCUCCGGCUGAGGAAAUGGGAGAGACCUGGCCGGACUCCCACCCUCCGCCUCCCGGGGCCCCACCUCCGGCGGCGCGCUUAAGUCCCCGCCAGCCCGCCGGGCUGCCACUGCUGUCCCCGUCCCGUCGCGGGCCAGGCCCCUUGCCACGCGCGAUGCUCUGCCUCCUGCUCCUCUGCGGCGCUUUGGCCUGUGGGGCCGACCGGGCGGCCCCGCUGGCCUUCACCAUGCUGCAGCUGACCCGCGUCUCCGACGGCCACUCUGACUUCUGGGGCAACGCCACGCUCGACGGCCAGCUGAGCCAUCGCCUGGAGGGGCUCAACCUCAGCCAGGUGCUGCCGCUGGAGCCGCCGGCCGCCUGGGCCAGGAGGAAGGAGGACGUGGCCACCUACUUGGACUACUUCGCCAACGUGGUCAAGCUCAUCAACAUGGAGAGGCCCAUCAACUACACCCAGAGCCUGUGCUGCCACCUGGGCUGCCGCCUCUUCCCCAACGGCACGGCCCACAGCUUCUACGAGGUGACCCUCAAUGGCACGGCCUUCCUCAGCUUCCACGUGCCCACUGCCACCUGGCAGCGGCGCUGGCCCCGGCAGGACAUGGUGGCCAUCUUCGCCCACAGGGAGCUCAUGAAGUACCCCCAGACCACCUAUGACCUCCAGCACUUCCUUAACGUCUCCUGUGUGGACGUCCUGAGGGCUCAGACUGCCAGGACAGGAAAACAGAGCAGCCGGUCGCACACCCCCCUGGUGCUGGGCCUGACCCUGGGGGCCUUCUCCCUGGUGGGCAUGGCCGUGGGCAUCUUCUUGUGCACCGGCGGGCGCUGCUAGCUGCUGGCGCAGCCGUCCCGCGGUGGCAGGGGACGGAUCCAGCGUUGCCCUGGGGCGACAGGGGACAGACCCCACGGCGGCAGGGGACCGGUGCCGCGCUCGGCGGGGGACGCCCUCUCCCUGGCCUUUCCGCCACCACCGUGCCGGCUGCAGCCCUCCCACCACUGCGGACUUUGCUGCUGAACUUGUCCGGCGGGUUCCCCGCGCCGCCCCGGCUCUGACCCACCAGCCCAGGGCUGCUUUGCACUGGGUGCCAUCCUGCCCGUCCCCGGGGACCGUCCCCACGCCACAUCAGCACCGUGAGGAUGCCGGGCAGUUUGCUGCCAACAUCUGCGUAUGCCGAGACCGGCUGCAAAUGCGUCAUGCUUGGCAUGGAUGAAAAAUGGAGGGGAAGCAGGGGAUGCGAAAGCACCAGAAGAAACAGCUAAAAAAAGGUUAAAAGAGCAGUCUGUGGGCCAUUAAUCAAGUGGGGGAGUGUGAGUUUUCUUAUGCCCAGGAGGCUGCACGGAGUAAGGGAAGACCCAGCACAGUGACCUGGGGAGACUGGCGGUCGGGUGACCGUGCGUCACCUACGCCAGCCCCUCUCCCGUGAGCCCUGCGGCGAGGCAGCAGCGUGACACCGUCACCGAAGAUCUGUCAAAAAAUCCACUCGCUGUUGCCAAUCCAGAGGGUCCCAAGUGACUCAGGGCGGACCUGAUGGCCAGCACCCCGUGUCACCCGCGCUGUACAUGUGUGGCCCCAGCCAGACCCCCUGGGUGCCCGCGCGCCAUGGUGCUGGCAGGUGCCUGGGUGUGAGAGCACGCAUACAUGGAAAACAACCUCGCCUUGAGAUUUGCUGUAAUAAAAUCCUCCCUUUCCACAA